CGGCUGCAUCCCGCCCGCUUUUAAGCUGGCGCAGAGGCGCGGCAGCGCAUGUGCAGUGCCGCCACCGACUCUCUACCAUCACUCGAGGGCGAAGCGCGUAGACGGACGGACGGACAGCCAGAAUGCGGGAAUGUAUCUCUAUCCAUGUUGGCCAGGCUGGUGUCCAGAUGGGCAAUGCCUGCUGGGAGCUGUACUGCUUGGAACAUGGCAUCCAGCCCGAUGGACAGAUGCCCAGUGACAAGACCAUCGGAGGGGGCGAUGACUCCUUCAACACCUUCUUCAGUGAGACUGGAGCGGGGAAGCAUGUCCCACGAGCCGUCUUUAUCGAUCUAGAGCCAACUGUGAUCGAUGAGGUUCGUGGUGGUACCUAUCGCCAGCUGUUCCACCCCGAGCAGCUCAUCACUGGUAAGGAAGAUGCUGCCAAUAAUUAUGCACGUGGGCACUACACCAUUGGCAAGGAGCUAAUUGACCUGGUCCUGGACAAGCUUCGUAAACUGGCUGACCAGUGUACAGGACUCCAAGGUUUCCUCAUCUUCCACAGCUUUGGUGGAGGCACCGGCUCCGGUUUCACUUCCCUGCUGAUGGAACGUUUGUCUGUAGAUUAUGGCAAGAAGUCCAAACUAGAGUUUGCCAUCUACCCAGCUCCUCAGAUCUCCACCGCAGUGGUGGAGCCCUACAACUCCAUCCUGACCACCCACACCACACUGGAGCACUCAGACUGCGCCUUCAUGGUGGACAAUGAAGCCAUCUACGAUAUCUGCCGCAGAAACCUGGACAUUGAGCGACCAACAUACACCAAUUUGAAUCGACUCAUUGGUCAGAUUGUGUCCUCUAUUACAGUGUCCCUUCGUUUUGAUGGUGCCUUGAAUGUUGAUCUAACAGAGUUCCAGACCAAUUUAGUCCCAUACCCACGCAUCCACUUCCCUCUAGCUACCUAUGCCCCUGUAAUCUCAGCUGAGAAGGCUUAUCACGAACAACUGUCUGUGUCUGAAAUUACAAAUUCCUGCUUUGAGCCGGCCAACCAGAUGGUCAAGUGUGACCCUCGCCAUGGCAAGUACAUGGCUUGUUGUCUGCUUUACCGCGGUGACGUGGUGCCAAAAGAUGUCAAUGCUGCCAUCGCCACCAUUAAGACCAAACGUACCAUCCAGUUUGUUGACUGGUGCCCGACUGGGUUCAAGGUUGGCAUCAACUACCAGCCUCCCACUGUGGUGCCCGGUGGUGACCUGGCCAAGGUGCAGCGUGCAGUGUGUAUGCUGAGCAACACCACUGCCAUCGCUGAGGCUUGGGCACGUCUUGACCACAAGUUUGACCUGAUGUACGCCAAGAGAGCCUUCGUGCAUUGGUACGUGGGGGAGGGAAUGGAGGAGGGAGAGUUCUCCGAGGCCCGUGAAGACAUGGCAGCCUUGGAGAAGGAUUAUGAGGAGGUUGGAGCUGACAGCGUUGAGGAUCAAGGUGAAGAAGAAGAAUAUUAGAUAAUCUGAACCAUUCCUAAUUGUUGAUUGAGGUUAAUUUGCUGGUUGGAUUUAUGCUGUACUUCUAGGGAAAGAGAUUUGAUUUCUAGUAUGUUUUUCCUAUGAAAUGGAAGUUUGCUCUCAUUAUUAAAAUUCUGCUGCUUUUGUCGAAUAUUUGCUGAGUAUUACAAUUGUAAGAAAGUGUAACAAUCUUGAGCAGAGUGGACAAUUAGUAAACAUUCAUAUAUCGGAAAAGGAUUGGUUAUUCACCUUGUACAGCAAAAUAUAUAGCUACACCAUCAACAGUGGAAGUAAAUAUGACAGUUUAAUCCAUACCUUUGGGCCUAGUGAGAUCUUUGAUGUAUCCACUAAUUUCUUAGAGUUUGGAUUGCUUAAUUUAAUGACCACACACAAUAGCAUUCCAGCGCAGAUCAUUGGACCAGUUUACUCCCAACUGCUUAUGAAGACAACUGCCCUCAUUUAUCAAAACACUGCAUGCCAGGCAACACAACUGGUUAACAGAAUUAUUCAAAAUGUAUUCCGUACCAAAGUUUCAGUGGAAGGAAUUAUCCCUUUGUAAACUGUAUCCUGCAUUAUAACUGAGGCUGAGUAUUAGCAGAAAAAGCCCACUUCAACAGAAGCAUUGUUUUUUCAGGUGACUCCUGUUCACCGCUCUCUGAUCUAGAGCACAGCAUUGGUGUAAAAUGGUAUGUCUUGUGCCUGAAUGGCACUGCUUCCUGUUUAAAAUGUCAAGAGAAAUAAUUAACCAUUCUCAAUAUUUGUAAUGUUUAGAACAAACUUUUAAUAAACUAAAAGUUGAAUUGAA